CUCCUCUCCGCGUCGCAGGCCGGCCCGGCGGCCGUGACAAUGUUGCGGGGCUGAUAGCUGGGCGCCGGCCGCCGAGCCAUCUCAAGUUUAAACUUACACGAAUCGCUCUCUUGAGGAGGAGGGGACCGCCGCGCGAUUGACACGCAUAUUCCUAUAGGCAUCCUCCCUCAGCCCCCACCCCCACGGCCGGAUUCGGGUGGCUCCUCUCCGAGCUGAAAUCCGAGAAGAAAUCUCCUUGGAUCUCUUGUUAAAAAAAAAAAAAAAAAAUCCAGAAACCGUCGGUAUUUUGCUUUCCUGCUUCCUUUUCGCAUGAUGAAGAAGUUUUUCGACUCCAGGCGAGAGCAGGGUGGCUCUGGCCUGGGCUCCGGCUCCAGCGGAGGAGGGGGCAGCACCUCGGGCCUGGGCAGCGGCUACAUCGGAAGGGUCUUUGGCAUUGGGCGGCAGCAGGUCACUGUGGACGAGGUGCUGGCGGAAGGUGGAUUUGCCAUCGUGUUUCUGGUGAGGACAAGCAAUGGAAUGAAAUGUGCCUUGAAACGCAUGUUUGUCAACAAUGAGCAUGAUCUCCAGGUGUGCAAGAGAGAAAUCCAGAUAAUGAGGGACCUGUCGGGGCAUAAGAACAUCGUGGGUUACAUUGACUCCAGUAUCAACAGUGUGAGUAGCGGUGAUGUGUGGGAAGUUCUCAUCCUGAUGGACUUCUGCAGGGGAGGCCAAGUGGUCAACCUGAUGAACCAGCGCCUGCAAACAGGUUUUACAGAAAAUGAAGUACUCCAAAUAUUUUGUGACACCUGUGAAGCUGUUGCCCGCCUGCAUCAGUGCAAAACCCCUAUUAUCCACCGUGACUUGAAGGUUGAGAAUAUUCUCUUGCAUGACCGAGGCCACUAUGUCCUGUGUGACUUUGGAAGUGCUACCAACAAAUUCCAGAAUCCACAAACAGAAGGAGUCAAUGCAGUAGAAGAUGAGAUUAAGAAGUACACAACGCUGUCCUAUCGCGCACCAGAGAUGGUCAACCUGUACAGUGGCAAGGUCAUCACGACGAAGGCAGACAUUUGGGCUCUCGGAUGUUUGUUGUAUAAAUUAUGUUACUUCACUUUGCCAUUUGGGGAGAGUCAAGUGGCAAUUUGUGAUGGAAACUUCACAAUUCCUGAUAACUCUCGAUAUUCCCAAGACAUGCACUGCCUAAUUAGGUAUAUGUUGGAACCAGACCCUGACAAAAGGCCGGAUAUUUACCAGGUUUCCUACUUCUCAUUUAAACUACUCAAGAAAGAAUGCCCAAUUCCAAAUGUACAGAACUCUCCCAUUCCUACAAAGCUCCCUGAACCAGUGAAAGCCAGUGAGGCAGCUGCAAAGAAGACCCAGCCAAAGGCCAGACUGACAGAUCCCAUUCCCACUACAGAGACGUCAAUCGCACCCCGCCAGAGGCCUAAAGCUGGGCAGACUCAGCCCAACCCUGGAAUCCUCCCCAUCCAACCAGCCCUGACCCCUCGGAAGAGGGCCACAGUUCAGCCCCCACCUCAAGCUGCAGGAUCCAGCAAUCAGCCUGGUCUUUUAGCCAGUGUUCCUCAACCAAAAACCCAGCCCCCACCUAGUCAACCGCUACCACAGUCUCAGCCCAAGCAGCCUCAGGCUCCGCCCACCUCACAGCAGCCGCCUUCCGCGCCAGCCCAGGCUCUGCCCACCCAGGCCCAGGCCACGCCCCAGCACCAGCAGCAACUCUUCCUCAAGCAGCAGCAGCAGCAGCAGCAGCAGCAGCAGCAGCAGCAGCAGCAGCAGCAGCAGCAGCAGACAGCGCCGCCCGCACAGCAGCCAGUGGGCACGUUUUACCAGCAGCCGCAGCAGCAGGCCCAGGCUCCGCAGUUUCAGGCAGUACACCCAGCAGCCCAGCAACCAGUGAUCGCUCAGUUCCCUGUGGUAUCUCAAGGAAGCUCUCAACAGCAGCUGAUACAAAACUUCUACCAGCAGCAGCAGCAGCAGCAACAGCAGCUGGCCACAGCCCUGCAUCAACAACAGCUGCUGACUCAGCAGGCUGCCUUGCAGCAGAAGACGACAGUGGCGGCCGUACCGCAGCCCCAAGCACAGCCGGCCACAGCAGCCUCGCCAACCCCUGCCCAGGAGCCAGCGCAGAUUCAGGCCCCAGUAAGACAACAGCCGAAGGUUCAGACAACCCCACCUCCUACCAUCCAGGGGCAGAAACUUGGAUCUCUCACUCCUCCAUCAUCCCCCAAGGCCCAGCGUGCUGGGCACAGGCGAAUUCUCAGCGACGUGACCCACAGUGCAGUCUUUGGGGUCCCUGCCAGCAAAUCAACCCAGCUGCUCCAAGCAGCUGCAGCUGAGGCCAGUCUCAAUAAGUCCAAGUCUGCAACCACCACUCCUUCAGGCUCCCCUCGGGCCUCCCAGCAAAAUGUUUAUAAUCCUUCAGAAGGUUCUACGUGGAAUCCCUUUGAUGACGACAAUUUCUCCAAACUCACAGCUGAAGAACUGCUAAACAAGGACUUUGCCAAGCUGGGGGAAGGCAAAUAUCCUGAGAAGCUUGGAGGCUCUGCUGAGAGUUUGAUCCCAGGCUUUCAACCAACCCAAGGUGAUGCUUUUGCUGCUCCCUCAUUUUCCGCUGGAACUGCUGAAAAAAGGAAGGGUGGGCAGACUGUGGAUUCUAGCCUUCCUCUUCUAAGUGUAUCUGAUCCUUUCAUUCCUCUUCAAGUACCUGAUGCACCAGAAAAACUAAUUGAGGGACUCAAAUCUCCUGACACUUCUCUUCUGCUCCCUGAUCUCUUGCCUAUGACAGAUCCUUUUGGUAGCACUUCUGAUGCUGUAAUUGAAAAAGCUGAUGUUGCUGUUGAGAGUCUGAUACCAGGACUGGAGCCCCCGGUGCCUCAGCGCCUCCCAUCUCAGACGGAAUCUGUGACCUCGAACCGCACAGAUUCUCUCACCGGGGAAGAUUCCCUGAUUGAUUGCUCUCUGCUUUCUAACCCCACUACUGACCUUCUGGAAGAGUUUGCCCCCAUAGCCAUCUCUGCUCCGGCCCAUAAAGCUGCGGAAGACAGUAAUCUCAUCUCAGGUUUUGAUGUCCCUGAGGGCUCGGACAAGGUGGCAGAAGAUGAGUUUGACCCUAUUCCUGUGUUGAUAACCAAAAACCCACAAGGUGGGCACUCUAGAAACAGCAGUGGGAGCUCUGAGUCCAGUCUUCCCAACCUAGCCAGGUCUUUGCUGCUGGUGGAUCAGCUCAUAGACCUGUAG